CAUCCACCACGUAUUAAGUGCAGCUCGAGACUGACCGUGGUCUCCUCGGUGGGGACGACUUAUACGCAUCUGUACAGGGGCAAGCACGAGAAUCAAGAAUAGUUUCCAAGGAUACCGGUGUUAACCAGCUGAAACAGCUGACGGAGUCUCCACUAACGACAUCUAGUCAAUUGCUCUUUGACGAAGCGGCGAAUGCAUGUCUACUUUUCGUCCGAAUAAUUUAACAUUAACCAGCAAAUAUAUUAAAUUUAUUUCCUGUUUUUUGCUCGUGUUUUCAUUCUUGUUGGAGGGAACAUCCCAAGAUCUGACAAUUUCCAAAAUGAUCGGAGUUGACUUCGAAGUGUACGGAAGAGUACAAGGUGUCUUCUUUAGGAAGUACACUCAGAAACGUGGAGAAGAAUUGGGUUUAAAAGGUUGGUGCAUGAACACCAAUAACGGUACCGUCGUGGGACGCAUCGAAGGAGAGAAAGCUAAAGUGGAACAAAUGAAACAUUGGCUUCAAUAUACUGGAAGUCCUCAGUCAGCGAUAGACAAAGCAGAAUUUCGGAACGAAAAGGAGAUAACGGAACUUUCUUUCCCCAAUUUUUCCAUCAAGAAAUAAAUAAUUAAAUUUCGUUAAAAUUCGUUCAGUUUGUAACGUUAAAUUAUUAUUGUACACGCACGAAUGAAUAUAUGAAAAUAAAGUCUAUUCUGUUAUAGAAAAUCGUGUACCGAGUACUAUGCGCAUGGUAUGCAGCUCGUCAUGGCAUUUGUUCAAGCAAAUAACUCGAGAUCCUGUUACUCUAUUAUCUUGGAACUUCUUUGUAUAGAAUGCAGUUACCAUUUUCUUAAAUGUCAAACGAUUCUGUACGCGUCUGCAGAUCUAUGAUGCAUCGAUUGUUAUGGAAACAAUGUAACAUACAUCCAACGCGUGAAAUAUGUAAAUUAAGGUAAAAUUUUGAAAGCUUUAAAUGAAAAGGACAGAAUAAAAAUAUAUAUUA